AUGCCUCCGUGGAAAAGGGGCAAGAACGCGCCCGCGGCCAGCGGCCGCGACGGCUUCGACGCGCUGCCGGACGGCGUCCUCGAGCACAUCCUCGGCUUCUUGCCGGCGCCGGAGGCCGUGGGGACGUGCGUGCUGGCGCGCCGCUGGCGCCACCUCUGGAAGUCCGCCACCGGCCUGCGCAUCAGGUGCACGGGGGAUGACAGCAGUGAUGAGGAGGAAGUGGAAUGGGCGGGCCUGAUGAAGCGCCAGGGGUUCGUCGACCAUCUGAUGGGCCUGCGUGGCCGCGCGCCUCUCGAAUCCUUUGAGCUCGUCUUCUGCAGAUUCCAUUACGACGAGGACAUGGACUGCCUGAAUCGCUGGGUCGAGCAUGCUGUAAAAUGCCAAGUCCGGAUGCUCAGAAUCGAGAACAUUGAUCAACAUCAUUUCGGUCAGUUGGAAGACCAGCCUCUGGUUUCCCCGUACUUGGCAAGGCUGGAGAUCGUUGGUCUAGCAUUGGAGACCAAUUUCAAUGAUCUCUCAAGUUGUCCCUCCCUGGAGCAUCUGGAGAUUACAGACUGCAAUUUUUUCAGUGCUCAGAAGAUCUCGUCACAGUCCCUGAAACACCUAAUCGUCUCAAACAGCAUUUUGGGCAGUCAUAAGGUUGCUGUUCAUUUCUGUGUUCCCAGCCUUGUUUCACUGCACCUAGAAGGCCAUUUCUCCAAGGCUCCUGUGUUUCGGUCGAUGCCUUCAUUGGAGGAUGCAUUUGUUAGAGUGGCCCAUCGUCACACUGAGAAUUUGGCCCUGGUAUUUGUACCCAUAACGUUUACUUUCAAUAUGGAAAUGAAGCACUGCCCUACAUUCCGCAAGUUGAAGAGUUUGUUACUCAACGAUUUCUGGUGUGUGCCACCUGACUUCCAUGCACUUACUUGGAUGCUCAAACAUUCGCCAGUUCUACAAAAGCUCACUCUUCAACUUUCUGAGGGACCUCAGCAUAAAUUAGGGAUCAAAGGAAGACGCAAUCCAAGUGAGAUAUCAGCUGCAAUAUUAGGAAACCUGAAAAUAGUUGAAGUCAAGUGUGAAGUGGUUGAUGAGAGAGUCUUCAAAAUCUUGAAGUUCUUGGCUACUCUUGGCAUUCGAUUCAGUUUAGAGGACGUGGAUAUUUCAGAAGAGAAUUUGGAACCAUGAGGAUUCUGUGUUUGAAUCAGUUCUCUAAUGUGGUUCACAAAGGAAGAACUUACAAUAUGGUACUUCAUGGGUUGCUUAGACCAUUGAUAUGAAAGUUUUUGUGCCAUCUUAUGUUAUAUAUUGUACUAUUGGUUAAUGGUUAUGUAUAUUCUUUUGCAGCUAUCUUGUAAAGCUGCUGUUAGAGUACUGUUCAGUUCUCCUCGAUCAACUAGAUCUAGCUAAUGUGUAAUUUGAUCUAACUUCACGUCUGACACUGCCACACUGGACCCACAUUUAGAUCCCCCUUUAGGGGCAUAUCUACUUUUGUUGCUAGCUCUA